GUCGGCACACGCUGCGGUUCGCUUCCGGGUUAGAGCUUGUCCUCUGGUUGAAGUGCAACCAUGGGUAAUGUGUUGGCUGCCAGUUCUCCCAGUCCAGCCCCACCAGUGCAAGCUGGGCCAGGCUUGGUUUCUGUGCCUGCUGGCUUCACCAUGCCAUCUGUCUCCCCGGUCUCUUCUGCUUCCUCUGGGCAACAGGAGAGCGAGCCAGCGCUUCCCAACCCAGGUGCUUUUGAGGAGUUCCAUCGAAAAUGCAAAGAGGUGUUUCCCAUGCAGAUGGAAGGAGUUCGGCUAACAGUCAACAAGGGAAUCAGCAGCUUUUUCCAGGUCAAUCACACAGUCAUGCUAAGCACCCAGGGCGAUUCCAGUUACAGAUUUGGUGCUACGUAUGUUGGGACCAAGCAGACUGGACCUGCAGAGGCGUUUCCAGUUAUGGUGGGCGACAUGGACAACAGUGGCAGCCUCAAUGCACAGAUUAUUCAUCAAAUAAGCGACAGAGUCCGUUCCAAACUGGCCUUUCAGACGCAACAGCAAAAGUUUGUCAACUGGCAAGGAGAUGCGGAGUUUAAAGGAGAUGACUUCACAGCUACAGUAACUGUAGGAAACCCGGAUAUGGUGGUAGGAUCAGGUAUUGUUGUAGCUCACUAUCUCCAGUCAAUAACCCCAUCUUUGGCGCUGGGAGGAGAGCUGGUAUAUCAUCGCCGGCCUGGUGAAGAGGGAGCAGUAAUGUCUUUGGCAGGAAGAUAUACAGGUUCUAAUUUUAUUGCCACGCUGACCCUCGGAGGUGCUGGUGCACACGCAUCAUAUUAUCAUAAAGCCAACGAGCAGCUGCAGAUUGGGGUGGAGUUGGAAGCCAGCCCUCGUAUGCAGGAAACUAAUGUAUUAUUUGGUUAUCAGCUUGACAUCCCCAAGGCCAAUCUACUCUUUAAAGGUUCUAUAGACAGUAACUGGGUAGUUGGAGCAACGUUGGAAAAAAAGCUGCUGCCUCUUCCCCUGUCUUUGGCGCUUUGUUCUUUCCUUAAUCAUCGUAAAAACAAGUUCCAGUGUGGGUUUGGCGUGACCAUUGGUUAAGCCAUUUGUUCAGAGUUCAAGUGAACAGGGCCUGAAACUCGCACUGAUGUUUUAUGGAUUAGCAACAUGUGGACACUCACACAAAGUGCACCAUCAGUAUAUAUUUUUUUUUUUUUUUUUUUUUUCCUUCUUAUUUUUCCAUAUAUGUCUCAAUCAUUGUUUAUAUAAAGAAGAGUCCAGGAAGUAACUGCAGCAUAAUUAUAGAAGAUAUUCAUGCAUAUUCCUGCAUAAACCAUCUGGCAAAAAAAAGUCAAUCAAAUGAUUCCUGAAUUAAGAAAUGUUGAGUGAAUUGUCUGAAAGAACAUGCAUUCUGCAAUAAUCAAGUGAAAUGAUAAUUUUAGGUAUUUCAAUUUUGAUUCUCUUUCAUGUUAUUUGCGUUUUUAGUCUAAACACUCUCUCCUUCUCUCUCACUUUGUGUGUGUAAUGUGUGUAUUUUAUUUUUAAUACUGUAUUGUAUUUUCAUCUAAAUUAAAACAUUUCUUUUGUUUUCA